CGUACGGUUUUCGGGUGGAUAUUAUUCGCGUCUUUCUCGUGAGAAUUUGCAAUUAACGAGGUCGUUUAAACAGUGACCCACACCAUGGCUAUCGGUUGUUCACUACCAGAAUUUUGAUAGUACCUAGUUAAGCUUCGGAGCACACGGGUGCAGUGAAAUUAACGGAACUUGUCUCAAAUUUCAUCGAUGAUCUUGUUAAGUGUCUGCGGAUGGAUACAAUUUUAAGACAGUUUUAUUGAAAUGACGUGAAAAUCGAGGACGUUUUUACGCUUUAAUUAAACACGGAUAGGACGUACAGUGUUGGUGAGGUGCGGGGUAUAUUGGUACGGUGACAGUUAUGGAAUAACCGAGAAUUUCACGUACGCCAUUGUGUGCGCGGGUAUCGAUGUAUCGAUCGAGGCGAUCACGUGGGCGAUCGAUCUUGACGAGUGACGCUACGGUGUAACGAAUCUUCACCUGGGGUCUGUCAAGCCAGAGGAUAUCGUUAGUGCGUAGAACGACAGUCGUGUGUGGGACAUUUCUCCGCUGAGAAAAGAGAGGGCGACGGAUUUACACCCUUCUGCGGAUUUCCUGAUUUUCAACGACGAGAUGCAGGAAUUGGAGCAGUGGUGUCAAUCGUUCGGAAAACUUUAGAUCGAGGAGGUAUAGUAACGUCGCCACAUCGAUCGGUCCCUCCCGAUGCUCCAUUCAUCCCCUGCAAAGCCGAAGGUCGGACAGGCAGGGGUCACAGAAGAAUCGGGACUACCGGACGCCAGGAUUUCCUCAGCAAACGAGAUGACUGAUGCGUCGAGCUUUUCCAGGCAACGACGAAAAAUCGAACAAAGAUGAAGGGGAUGGAGCAGAUUCCUGAAGGUUGAGAGCGAGCGGAUCCUUGAUAUGACCGGCUGGAGGAUGCGGCCGACUGCAUCGGCGCUCGGCGUCAUCGCCAUUGUCUCCGUCAUGAUUACUGUCACAGCUUCCGAAUCGAGCAACGACGCGAUCGAGCACAGUAUCAAUCAUCCCGAAGUCGAUGAGGAGAACCAGAGGAACCAGUCUGACCCCAUCCACGAGAACAGCACCGACAGCGAGAUGUUCCACGAUUCUCAAUUGAUUCAACGAAGGUUCGACGACUCGUUAAACGCGACACGACUCGUUCAAGAUAUCAGUGCUGAACUUCAGAGGGAUCAAAGCGCAGCCGUGUCGUUCGCGGCUGAACAGAACGAGGUGGAACGUGAACCUGAGCAGUCAGAACAGAGACCGGUGGAACGUAAUAACAAAAUCCAAAGCAUAAGUAGGAUAUUCCCUACGUCGACCGAGUCUGUUCGAGAGAUUGUCUCCAGUACAGCUUCCUCGAAGAGCGAAGACGAGUUAAAUCGCGUCCAGGUGGACGAGCAAGCGCCUUCCUACACCCUGGAUGAACAGGGGAUAACAAAUGGUUUGAAAGCAGAGAUACAGAGAGACUUUAUCUUCACUACGACGUCCAGCCGGGAAACAAUCGCGACCGACUCGAGGCAGAUCGAGCAGAAGAACGUGGAGGACAUCAGGGCGAUCUCGUUCCAAGUACCAGCAGCUGGAGAGGAGACGCGACAACAAGAACAGCCGAGAAAUCCAGGUGAAACAAGGAAGGAUCAUUCCAGACCGGUGAACAAUCUGCUGUUAGCCGGAGGCAAGUCCACCAAGGGUUUCUACGAGAUAAAACCCUCGAUCAAGACCGAGAUGGAGGACGAUCAGACAGUCAGCAGCACCCAGAGACCAUUGUCUGGAAAGAAAUUCGUGUUGCCGAGCGUGGACAGCGCGUUCGGCAAAUUUGGUCCUUAUUUCGAGGAUGGGGAUCAGGAUAUGAAUAUCACUGCCAGGAUAGGGAGCAAGAUGCUCCUCGAUUGCAAGAUCGGGAUGCUCGGUGAUAAAGAGGUGACGUGGUUGCAACAGCACAGCAAGGAUUCCCUUCGAUUGCUCACAGUUGGCAAGAAACCGUACAGCGCGGAUCAAAGGAUCACUCUGAACUUUCGGUAUCCAAGCAACUGGAGAUUACAGAUUCUGUACGCGACUCCGAGGGAUUCUGGUCUCUACAAGUGCCAAGUUGCGACACAUCCACCUUUGGUUAAGAAAAUUAACGUCGUCGUCACGGCGCCGGAAUUGACAAUAACGGACGAUUCUGGACGAGUUGUGCCUAAAGAGAGGCACCUAAAGGCAGGCAGCGCCCUGAAACUCAGGUGCGAAGCCAGAGACGUAAUUGAGUCACUCGAUGAGGCCGUUGUUUGGACCAGGGGAGAUGAAACGCUGACAGAAGAUGUCAGCGAGAACAGGACGACGGAGACCUCGUCCGGCAAGGAGGUCCUCGUGAUCGUCAGCACCUUGAUCGUCGAGAGAGCCACCCCUAGACACGCUGGGAACUAUAGCUGCGUGGUGCCAGGGAAAGCGAAAACCACCAUAGCGGUCCACGUGCUGAACGGAGAGCUGCCAGCUGCGGUGCACGACGGUAACGGGGUCUCCAGGGCGUUUCUGAACCUCUGGCUAAUUCACUUAACCAUAAGCUACGUCUUCUCUAGAUGACAAUAUUAAGGUUGUUUCAACAACGUCGAGAGGUCCUCUGGCAUUUCACACGCGGACAGAAGCAGCUACGAACACAUCGGCGUGAAAUCAAGGACUAAAACAUUGAUUAUCCUGUUCGAUCCUUGAUCAGGAUUCGGCUGCAUAAAAUUAGCCGGUGAAUCGUUUUUACCUUUAAUAACAUCUCAUCUUUAAUCGAUCGAUCAGUAGCGAAGGACUCGGUGAUCCUUUUUUUGUUUCGAAGAAUCAGCUCAAUCAGCAUCGGAAUGUCUCUGUUUCUUCGCCUGGGAAUGAUCGCCGUUACAAAAGUGGGCCAUUAUUGUACAGUCUAAUUUAGCCGGACACUCUAGAGUGCGUGGACAGUCUUGAAGAUUAUCUGCUAGUGUAUGCUUGUCGAGUGAGAACGAUGGAGGACGUGUUACUUCGAUAGGAUUUAGUCAGAGAUUUAUCAUCUGUUAAGAGGAAUCUUGUUGGAAGAAACGAAGGAUUAUCGAUCGUUUGGUAAGUUUAACAUUCUAAUUAUAUUUCCUCUUGAUUGCGAUUUGGUCAAGUCCUUAAUUUAAUCGAGAUCUCGGUGCCUCGUGAAUGGUUUAUCGCAUUGUAACACUUCACUUGAAGAAUUCGAAUUUAUUUGAUGUCGUUAACUCAGAGAUACAAGUAAUCGCUCGAGUGUUAAUGUAAUGGCACUGACAGUUCUACGAAGUGGAACAAUCAGGAAGUCCAUCGUCUUAGCUCUGAGAAACUUCAGUACUGCGAGUACACUUGUCGAAUAUAUCGACUCAAGAAACUCUUAGAGACCAAAGUGGUACACAUUCCUUAAUUGAACGUUAAGUCUACAUCGAGAGACCCUCGUUUUAACACUAGAACAAUUUGCUCUACUUUGAUGUUAAAAAACAGACCAAUUCGAAUUUACUAGUUCUAGUGUUAACUCAGAUCCUAUGAGAUAUUAAAUUUCCUUCAAAGUUUCCAAUUUUUAACUUGAAGAACUAAGAAAUUCUUCAACUAUACUUUAGCAACUUUAUACUCGGAAAAUUUUUCAUUUUCAAAGUUUACCCAGAGAAAUGUUGGUUCAGAGUUUCUUAUCAAGUUUUUAUUUUCAAUAAUUAAUUAUUAUUUCUUACCAUUUUUCUGCGAUAAAUCAUCGCGUUUUGUUGCAAAUCGUGAUUUCUACAGAAUUCUUUUCGUCCUUGUCCCUUUUCCUUUCGUUUAUCUUCGACUGUCUCCCCUUUCCCUCGAGGAAACCAACGAUCUCGUAGUAUAUACAUAUAUAUUCAAAAUAUCGAGACGAAUUGUUUGUAUAUCAAUCCGGGUCCGGAAAGUGAGUACAAUCGUCGCCAAAGGGGACGGGAAGCAAAGAUAGUUGUAUACGAUGAAUUGCUCAAGGAAGACGGUACUUAUUCGAACGAAAAGAUGCAUUCGCCUGGUCUGAACGGCACGGAACUCCGAUUUACGCGAACCGCCAUUCACGAGACAGGAUUUCCAGUUCAGAAAUAUGGUAUUUGAAAGGAGAAGAAAGAGCCGAGAAAUCGUUGACCAAUUCUCAAGCUUUUAUAUUUCGAAUAUCUUUCAAUUCAGCUCGAACGGAAUGAAUCGUUAACUCUGAUAUUUAAUUCUUUCCAAUACGAACUAUCAUUAAAUGUAAAAUUUCGAAAAAUUAAUCAAGAAGAAGAUCUUCACGUAGAGGAAAUAUAAUUUGAAAGGAAAUAUCAGGUCAUUUCAUAAGUCUUUGUCGAUCUUUUCUACGAAAUUUUUCCAUCAUUUUCUCGCUUUAAAAUGAAAAUCAUUGUUUAAUAAUCUUUUGAAAUCACUUGAUAUGGAGAAGACUAGGGUUGGAAAAUUGGCAAGAAGGAUCGAAUGUACAUAACGCGUAUUUACCAUUUCAUUCCAUUUUAUUUAUACUAUAUAUGCAUACAUAUGUAUAUGGAUAGAGGAAGUGAAGUUACGUGAAGUUUUACUGAAAGCCAAAGAAUGAUCCAUGCGAAGCGACGGGAAAAUAGGGAACUGGUCCAAAGUUGAACGCUGUUUAAAUGUACAAGCCUUUCUCCCCAUUCUUCUCUUCUUUUUCGCGUUUCCUGAUGAUCCGAGAACUCGCUAUUCAAACCGUGCCAGCGUCUUCAAUAUCCGUGAUACAAGGCAGAGGCGAGUGCUGGCACACAGAGCACGCCAAGGAUCAACGUAACAGCACUCCUCGAAGCCUGGAUUCAAGGCAAUAGAACGUGCAAUUUUCCACCGAAGUAGUGCUCCUCCAGUCGAACUUCCAGGACAUCAAGGACUGUACUGCAAUAUCCUCGGAGAAUAAUUCAAUUUGUUGCCCCAGGGGGAUUUCUGUCGAACACGUGUACAUUCCACUAUUUUUUUUAUUUUUUUAUUUUGGAUGCUUUUUGUAGCGUCCAGUUGUACAAAGAGUAUCUGCAAAAAUCUCGUAAUUUCACCUGAAAAAAAAAAGAAAAAAUAAUACAUUCCGUUCGAAAUCCUCUGGUUCCGAACGCAGAACAGAAUAUAAAAUCGGAUCAGUUGACAGCGGAUCGAAUCAGGCCAGUUCCAUUUUUCCGUUGAUCGAAUACGAAGAGACUUUUCACGGAAUCACGAGCACGAUACUCGUGAUUCGCCGAUUAAAGAUCGCGACCGCGAUCAUGGAGAACGACACGACAUGUUGCAUCCAUCGUUUCGACCAUUUUCCUUUUCACUGUUCACCGUAAGCGUUGGGAACGUGAAACGUGAUCGAGAUAUGAUGUUCUGUAACAUGAAACAUCGAAAGAGAAAAAAGAAAACGUAUCAAGGCUCGAGAAAAAUGAUUUUAUCUCUACAUAUUAACGUGCACGAUCUAUACAUAUUAUAAAUAGGCCCGAUCGAUCGCGAUAAGAUUAUAUUUUUAUAUGUAAAUAUGGCGUUCCUUCUUGUUAUCUUAUUAAAAUAUAUUCGAUGAGGCGGUAGAUAGAGAAGGGAGACGAUACCUGCGAUCGAGUAGUAGGCGUGGACGAGAUGUAUUCUCGAAACGAACGAAUUGCUUUAACUCAUGAAUGUUUCAUAAGAAACGGCAAGCAGGUAUGGGAGCACCGAUUUUACAGAGAUCCGUGUUCCUUUGAAAUUCGUAGUCGUUUCGCUUCGUGUGGAAAUGAGAGAAAUCCCCUUUUCAAUUUUACCCCAAUCAUUAAGGAUGAAAUUGUUGGUUUGAGUUUAAGUGAGAUAUAGAAACGAAGGUGGUUCCGUGCUGAACAUAGGCGCGUUAAAUAUGGGUAGUGUUAAGAGAACAACAGGGUGAUGGUCCAGUCCGAGUUUUGGGGCUUGUCGGCCACGUAAUGAGAUUAUGUUUGCAAUGCGGCAACAGGAUGCGACAGGAAAUGUUACGCGCGGCUCGACAUCGCUGAGAAUUGUACAACUGUGUCACGGAGACGGGUAGAAUUUCGUUUUCACUCGACCAUGGGUAUUGUAAUCCCACACACCAGAGAAUUAUGUUUGGAUCUUUGGACAGAUUGUUUUCAACCGGUUACACUUGAUUCUUCAACGUAGAUACACCGUGUCCCGAUAGAAAUUCUUAUAGAUUUUUUACAGAAGCAAGAAGGAAUUUUCUUUUUGACAAGAUAUUAAUUUCGUUUCCAUCACGAGAUAAAAAAAACAUAGUCACGCAAUGCUCGCGUCAGGUUUUCAUGAAAUUGUGCUGUCAGCGUGAUGUCAGGAUCAUAGUAUCUCUAAAAAUGGUGAGAAAUUCUAGUUCGCUAUAGCCAGUUUGCAAAAACUGUUUUCGUGUAUUAUUUUGGUAAAGGUACUCUGCAAUUUCCCGAUGAUCGAAUCUUGAUAUGAUUGAUAGCGUACGUAGAAAUUUACCCCUACAGUUAAUUAAUUAAAAUCGACUAAUUAUUACUCAAUUUUAACAUUGCUCAUCAAUUUUCAUCAUCAUUGUAUAACAUAAAUUUCAUUAAACUACAUUACCAUAUAACAAACCGAACAGUCUCCAUGCAAUUAUUAAAUUAAUUUACAAUGAAAUUGCAGUAGAUCUUUGCCAUCGAAUGCGGUGGUACUCGAGUCAAUUUCCAGUUCGUUCGUCUCCGAAAUCUCUGGAAAAUAUAAUUUACCGAUGCAUGGGGUUGCAACCGAACAUCGUGAAUGCCCCAUCGCGAUACGUACGAACUUGGUAUUCGCAAUAAUACAGCGGAUCCGGAAGCACCUUUUGGUCAGAUGCAAUUGCACAUUCUUCCCACGGUUCCGGUCUGAUCUUCCUCCUACCGGCUGCAUUCCACGAAUACGCUACCCCUUGCUACGAGAAUUUGGUCACAAUCGAAGUACCAAUUUCUCGGCCAGACGAUUCCCGUUUCCGUAUAACCGCGACCCAAAGGUAAUUGGCCAUUUUUCGUAAUGGUAAACUUAGAAACAAGCUUCGGAGAGAAUCGUUGCGGUGAUUUUUCUUGCCUUUAAUUAGUCACUUUGAGUAUUUAAAAAAAGAACAACUUCAAUUGAUUACCAAUUAUAAAUUCUUUCAGCAGUAUUAAAUUAUUAGUGUGCUAACGAACAUCAAAAAUUCGCCUUCGUUAUAAUUUUAUGAAACAGUCCGGCAAAUAUUCGUAACCGAGGCGUACUGUCUAAAUUGAAUCGCGAAGAUGGUCGUUGUACGAGAGAGGGAAUAUUGAAACAAUAGAAACGAAAAUGGUAUCGUUUGCCAAAUGAAAUUGUUGUUGCCAAGAGGGAAACAAACGCGAUAUGGUAGCCAUAGUCUAAUUUAUACUAAUGCAUUCACCGCAACAGUUGAUCCGUUCGGAUGUUUAAUCAACGACUCCCAGUUACGUUGUUCGGCCUGGAAGCAUCGGCUGUUUCGUUAUUAUGGCCGGAGUUACAACGAAACGUUGUCUAGUAUUCCCGAAUCAGUGUUUAUUUAGAAAAGUUGCAUUGUAAAUGAAUCCUCUUGCGAAUACCUACCUCCAGGUGCAAAUGUUCUCUUUCUUUCGUUCCUUCUUUUGUUCCUUUGUCUUCGAAAUUUCAAUUGGCACGUUGAUUACCACAGUAGAGGUAUGUUUACUAUGUUCUAAAAUUCUCAUCAGAUGAAGUAUAUUUAUUUCCUAAAAAUUUUUUCUAUUAUUUCUAUUAUUAUAAUUGAAAUUUAAAAAUAAAAAUGAAGUGGUAAUCAAGGUGUUAGUAAAAAGAAAUUAAGGAUGGACCAUCUACCUUGGAAAAGAAUAUUAAAAUGAAUCGUAUCAGAACGUGCUCCCACCUGCGAUUCACGAGAAAGAGAGAGAGAGAGAGAAGGUAUUACCACUAAUUAUAGUAAUAAGUUGUAUAGUUGUUUCUAUAUAAAACCAUACUACGAUAAGAUAACAUAAUACCAUAAAGUCCCUCGCACUUAUCGACAUCACCGCUGUAAAGAACGUAAACGACGAAGUAAACUCGACGCGUUCUAGUCGUGAAUAAGCAAAAGAAGAAUGAAUAUCGAAAGAAAGAGUGAUGAAGAUGAAAAGGAAUAAAUUAAAAUGGGCGGCUGGACGCGUCCGUUUCGAAGCUGUAUAUGUAAAGCAAUUGUGAGUUAUUAAAUAAACGAA